ACUUCUGGCACACUACUGGUCAUCUUAGUUGAGUUGUGUGCUGCACUUGCAACAGAACCCAGAUAAAAAUGAAGGUAAAUCACCUUGGCCUACUUUUCAGUGCCAGAUCUCAACUCUGCAAUAUAUAUUUAUGAUUUCCCUCACUGAGACUUUGUUUCCUAAAUGAGGCUCUGUGCUCUUAACAGCUGAACAGAUAGAAACUCAAGGUGAUGAUGCAAUGAUACACAAAGCUACAAGCUGAAUUCUUGCUCUGUAAUGAAAGCUACCCGCCCCUUCCUGGGGAGACUGGAGGGAUCUCCAUUUGGCAUAUUUGCGGAGGACCUUCCCAGCGGCAACGGCGGCCACAAAUGCCCGAUUCUAGACUGACAAGCUCAGAUCUCCCGUCACGCACCUUCUGGAGUGAUCAAUGUAGGGACAGACCGUGUAUGAACAUGAGGCACUAACUGGAAGCUUAGCACCUCAGCUACUUCACCUUGCACAUUGUACGGUUUGUUUGCAAUGGAGAUCAAGGAAGAAAAAAAAGAACGAAGACAAGGCUAUUUUGCCCGUUUGAAAAAGAAGAGACUAGCUAAACAAAAUUCAGAGUCUGCUUCCACAAAUGCUUGUGGAACCCCAGCGGGUAGAACUCAGACUGGAAGAGAUGAUGGAAGCAAAGCUAUUCUGGUGCAAACCAAUGGUUCUCAAGAAAACUGCAAAAAUUCUGGGGGAAAGGAGGACUAUGAGAAAAAAAAGAAAAAAAGCAGUCAGCCAAAGGAUAUAAGGCGGACAGAUCUUAAGCGAUACUAUAGUAUUGAUGACCAUCAAACCAAAACCAAUGAGAAGAAAGAAAAGAAAAUGGUCUCUCAGAAACCGCAUGGUACAAUAGAAUAUACGGCUGGAAGCCAAGAUACCCUAAACAGUAUAGCUCUGAAGUUUAACAUCACUCCAAAUAAACUGGUGGAACUCAAUAAGCUUUUCACACACACAAUUGUUCCAGGCCAGGUUCUGUAUGUACCAGAUAGUAAGCCUAUUUCCACUGCUGCAAAACUAGCUUCAAGUCCUGGUGCUGCUGUUUCACCUUCCUCAUCAGAUGCAGAGUAUGAUAAACUUCCGGAUGCUGACUUAGCAAGAAAGGCUUGCAAACCAAUCCAAAGAGUCCUGUCCUCCACCUCAGAGGAAGAUGAGCCAAUAGUUGUCAAGUUUUUAAAAAUGAACUGUCGAUACUUCACAGAUGGCAAGGGUGUGGUUGGAGGGGUCAUGAUAGUCACUCCGAACACCAUCAUGUUUGAUCCUCACAAAUCAGACCCUCUGGUUAUUGAGAAUGGCUGCGAAGAGUAUGGGCUCCUUUGUCCCAUGGAGGAGGUUGUUUCGAUUGCGCUCUACAAUGAUAUAUCUCAUAUGAAGAUUAAAGAUGCUCUGCCCUCCGACAUUCCAAAGGAUCUUUGUCCUCUGUACAGGCCUGGUGAGUGGGAAGACCUUGCUUCUGAAAAGGACAUCAACCCUUUCAGCAAAUUUAAAUCCAUGAACAAGGAGAAGAAACAGCAGAAAGUAGACAACUGUGUUACCCUGAAUUCUACACAAAUACAGCCUUCAGACAAGAAGUCUACAGAACUUGAACUCCGUAAACCUUCUGAAAGUUCUUCCCUGGUGACAUCCAAGACAGUGGAAACACCAAGAGACUCCAUCACUCCUGAGCCUUCAGAAAGAGUGGCUUUGGAAAUGUAUACUACAGAAAGUUCUGUAGAGAGAGUUACUCUGGACCUAACCAAAGAUAAUUCUUUUCUGGAAAAAGAUGGCUUUAUCGAUCUAGAAGAGAAUUCAUCACAAACUAAUAGCACAGUAAAGAGCAGAGAUGAAGGAACAGUGGAUGUUCCCAAUGACUGUAAAACGAGAAAGGAAGUUUGGUUGCAAGCAGCAAAUAAAGAAAAUUGUGAGCAAUCAAUAAUGGAUUCUUCAGGGACAAAACAUGAGGUGCUUAAAGAUGUCCUUGAUCUAGAGUCCUGUGAGAAGCUAGAUGUGAUGCCUGAAAUGAUCAAGGGGGGUAGUUCACCAACAAAUAAGGUGGAAACAGCCCUGGAUGCAAACAAAGAGCUGAAUAAAGACAAACUUAUUGAAUUUUACCUCAGUAAAGAUAAGGAUGAGCCACAGACUACUAACAAUUUAUGUGAAGCUGAAGUCAAGGAAGAGGGUAACAAUGUACCAGUGGGCAUAGACCUUACCCUUAGCUCUUCACAUUCCCAAGCCACUAAAAGUGUGAAAGGCAAAACAGCAGGACCUGAUUCAUGUUCUACUGAAAGGAAAGAGCCAUCGUCAGAAGUUAGCUCAGCAGCAGCAGAGAAAAAAUAUGAAGGAUCAAUAGCCUCAUCGUUGACAUCUCAGCUAGAUAAUAAGUCUGAAAUCAGACUGUGGCUGCUGCAGAGAAUCCAAGUGCCCAUUGAAGAUAUGCUUCCUUCAAAAGAGGAAAGAAGCAAGUCCCCUCCGAUGUUUCUGUGCAUCAAAGUGGGCAAGCCUAUGAGGAAGUCCUUCACUUCCCAAAGUACCACAAUGGCUCAGCAGUAUGCUAAAAGAAGAAAGCAACCUGAGUAUUGGUUUGCUGUUCCACGAGAAAGGGUAGAUCAUCUGUAUACCUUUUUUGUGCAGUGGUCACCGGAUGUGUAUGGCAAAGAUGCUAAGGAACAGGGCUUUGUUGUGGUGGAAAAGGAGGAGCUUGACAUGAUAGACAAUUUCUUCAGUGAACCCUCGACAAAAAGCUGGGAGAUUAUUACUGUGGAAGAGGCAAAACGCCGAAAGAGUAUUUGCAGCUAUUGUGAAGAAGAUGAUCAUUACAGUUAUGAAGAUGAUGAUGCUUUGCCUGUCUUAAAAAACCAGAGUGUGCUCUUAGAAAAUAUGCAUAUAGAACAGCUUGCCCGGUACCUGCCAGCAAGAGUUCAGGGAUAUCCCUGGAGGCUUGUCUACAGCACACAAGAACAUGGAACCAGCCUGAAAACUCUAUAUCGAAAAUCAGCAUCUCUUGAUAGUCCAGUCCUGCUUGUCAUCAAAGACAUGGACAAUCAGGUAUUUGGGGCUUAUGCAACACAUCCUUUCAGGUUUAGUGAUCACUAUUAUGGCACUGGAGAAACUUUCCUAUACACAUUUGAUCCUCUUUUCAAGGUUUUUAAGUGGAGUGGGGAAAACACCUAUUUUAUCAACGGAGAUGUAACCUCGUUAGAACUCGGUGGUGGAGAUGGCAGGUUUGGUUUAUGGCUAGAUGCUGAUUUGUACCAUGGUCGGAGCAACUGUUGCAACACAUUUAAUAAUGAUAUCUUAUCCAAAAAAGAAGACUUUGUCAUACAGGACGUGGAAGUAUGGACAUUUGAGUGAUGUAUCUGCUGCCUUAAAAAGCUGGACUUGGGUUUACUGAGCACUCAGUGGAUGUUGAAAAUUGGAAUGUAGACUGCCUACAAUAGAAUAUGCUUUCCUACCCCAUGAAAUCUGAUUAUAGCCUGGCUACACAAGAAGGUUUUAAGUCAAAAACUGGAGAGACUACUACAUUUAACAAAUGACUUGGCUAAUGUCUUAUUCCGGCCCUGCCAAUGAUCUUACAAUAUGGAUGCAAGAUGUUUACGGAAGGCAUUUGUGAUAUACGUUUGUUUAAAGCAGUCUCAUUAUUUUUUUGUAACUGUGAAAGAAUACUGUGGAAAAACAUAGACCUUUAUAGUACAUUCCACGUGUAUUUUUAUUAUGCUUAAAUGAAAACCAAAAAGAAGAAAAGGAUAUAUACAGCAUAUAGUGGUGGUUUCCAUGAUAAAGUGGUAGUGUUUCAAAUAAGUAUACAGCACUUAAAGGAAGCAUUUUUUUUAAAGGAACAUAUUUAUUGUUUGUAUAAUACAUUUUUAUGAAAUGUAGUAGGCAUGUUUUUCCUUUUAAUAUUUCAAAUUUAAGAAUUUGCUAGAAAGAUUUAUUUACCGAAGUAAAUGUCUUAAAUGGUGAUGAUGAAUCAUUUCAUGUUUUUAUAUUUUGCUAUUUUUUAAUUUUGUAAAACACUUUUUUGUUGCUUUGUUCUAACUAUUUUAGGAAUCUUAGUUUUGGGCAGAAUUUUGGAUUGUCUGAAAUAGGUGCACUGUCAAUUCCCGUUACGAAACAAAUCUGCCUAGUUGUGUGGUAAUAUUUGCAGACAGAUCCUGUUUUUAACUGACCAACCACAAGUAUCUUUGGAAAGAAUGACAUUGUUAAGGGGCAGAAAACUGACUUUUAAGCCGUACCUUAUAAAUUACUUGAAACUCUUAUUAGAGAAAAAUAUUAGUGUCAUGUCAAACUAACUUAGACCUUUUUUUCCUCCACCUGCUUUUUUUUUUUUUUUUUGGAAAAAUAUUCUCUUACCUAAAUAAGAUUUGAACCCAGUGACUGAGUUCUGCUUUUAGUUACUUUUCUUUCUGGCUUAUUAAAAGUAUCUUUACAUGUAUUGAAGCAGUACUCACAUUCAGUCUGAUAAAUUCAACAAGAACUGACUGCUUCAGGUUAACAGGAAACCGUUUUGGUUAUUUGCCUCUGAUAAAAAAAUACUUUGUUAGGGGAAAAAAUUGAAAAGACAAUGCUAUCCUUUCCUGAAAAGCUGAUAAUACCAUCCUAAUUUCUUGAUAUGUCUUUUUAAAAAGCAAAUUAUGUCAAUGUGAGAGAAGGGAGAUUUUAAAAGCCUGUAAUUCCUAUGCUCCUGAAAAAGGAUUGGUUAAUACACUGGGUUUGUCAUUCUUUAAGGUGCUUUUACACAGCAUCUAUUUCAACAUAGGCUGUGUCUUAACAUUAACCAGGUCUUUCCCAGGAAAUGUGUCCCAUUCACAAUGGCAUUCCUUCCAACUGACUUGGAAAUAGAACCAGUCAGAAUCAUAUCAGAACAAUGACACUGACCCAUUAAUGAAUGGUGACAUUUAUUUCUUUACUGUAUCCAUGUUGUGUUAUAUGACCUGCUCAGCCAGACCCAGGUUACUUGGGUACUUGUUCUUUCUUAAUGUAUUUUAUAUUAAUUAGCAGUUUUCCUUUGAAAGCAUCAGUGACUUAACACACAAGAUUCAUAGUAUCCAUCACAGACCUAAUACACUGAAGUAACAAGAAGUUGGCACAAAACCGAUUUCCAACACAGGUAUUGUCUCUGUGUAGGAAACAAUGUGUACACAGUUGCAUGGGGCAAACACACAGUCUGUUUUGGAAUGUGUAGAUGCUGUGGAAACAUGCUGACAAUUGGGGCUUGCUGCAGCAUGUACAUGUAAUAAAAUAGAAACGUAUAUAUAUCCAUCACAUGUGAUACGUGCAUAAUUCCUUACACGGAAGUAAUAGCCUUGUAAACAAUUCAUUGCUAUAAACCAGCUUUAAGACAUUUUGUUAAUACCUGGCACCUACAGUUUUCACUUUUCCCACCAUCAGCUCUACUCUGACAGAUUUUCACUAUAACAUAUGAGCUGCUAUUAACAAAACUUUGGAGACAUUCCAAGAAACUCUAAAAGAUUGUUUUAACAAUGAUGGGACACGCAAGUUGUAAGCAAAGGUUUUUUGAUAUUUGACAUAAUUCACUACUGUUAUCUGCAGUUUAUUCCAUUAUAUUAUACUUGUCAGAGCAUAUCUAAAAUGUUUGUGUUCUAUAUUUAAAACAGUGUUGUCCUCUCAGAAUUCUGUGACCCUUCAAAAGCUAUGGUUAUUUAAUAUAUGUAAUGAAGUGCUAUUGUAGCAUUUUCAAUAAAGGAAGUUAUGCAUUCAUAUAA